AUGACGGGAAAAAAUAGACUCAGUGGUGCUGCUUAUCGAAAAAAAUCUAAAGAAAAAAGAGAAAAGCUUACAAAUGUUAUCAUGAAAUCUGCAAAAAUUAAUAAUUAUUAUAAGAAAACAGAUUUACCAGAAGACAGCUCUUUAGACAACAUUGCAAGUAGUUCAACAUCAAACAUUGUUCAUUGCAGUGAAAAUACUUCAAACGUUAUUGAAAAUGUGUUAGAAAAAUAUUCAGAAGACCAAAGUAUAAUAAAUUCUAACAGCCCACCACAAGAAAAUGCUGUAUUGUUUGAACCAAAGGCACAAACCAAUGAUGAUCAAGUGUACAAUACAACAAUCAGCAAUGAUCCAGCUUUAUGGGAAAUAAAUGAUAGGACAAAAGAUUAUAUUUCUAUAAAUGGUUUUACACAGAAUGUUGAAAAAUUAAACUUUUCAAAAUCAAAAAGACGUUAUCAGGGAAUUGUUAGAGGCAAAUUUCAGGAUUAUUUUAGAUAUUGUACAUCUAAUUUGUUUUAUAGUGUUCUAAGAAAUGGAGAAAAAGUAAAGAGAAAUUUUCUUCUUUACUCUGAAAGUACAGGAAAACUAUAUUGCGUUCCUUGUCGGCUAUUUGAUGGAGUAUCUAGUUUUUCUAUUCAUGGAUUUUCUGAUUGGAAAAAAGCUAGAGUUAAACUUUCUUCUCAUGAAAAUUCAAAUCAUCAUAGAUCUUGUGUUUUAAUAAUGAAAGAUAGAAGUGACGUUUUAAAAAGAAUUGAUUCAAAAUUAUUGCUUCAAAUGGAUACAGAAAUUCAGUACUGGACAAAAGUGUUAACUAGAGUAGUUGCCGUUGUCAAAUCAUUGUCUUCAAGAGGAUUGUCAUUCAGAGGAGAUAAUGAAAUAUUUGGUUCAACACAUAAUGGUAAUUUUAUGAUGGCCAUUGAACUUAUUGCAGAGUUUGAUCCUUUUUUGGCUCAACAUAUAAAAACAUAUGGACAUUUAGGAAAAGGUCAUACAUCGUAUCUGUCUUUCCACACUUAUGAACAAUUUAUUAUUGUUAUGGCAAAUCAAGUAACUGAUCAAAUCAUAAAAGAACUUCACAAAGCACGUUAUUUUUCAAUAAGUGUGGAUUCAACUCCAUAUAUUUCUCACAAAGAUCAACUCUCUUUUAUUUUACGCUAUGUGUCUGAAAAUGGAAAGCCUGUAGAACGUUUUUUAUGUUUUAUUGAAAAUAGUGGUCAUAAGGCAGAAGAAUUGAUAGAUGCAGUUUUGACCGUAAUUAACUCCUAUAACAUUGACAUAUCUUACCUUAGAGGACAAACUUAUGAUAACGCAAUGAAUAUGUCCGGACAAUAUAGUGGAUUACAAGCUAGGAUUAAAGAAAUUAAUCCUUUGGCUGAUUACAUACCAUGUUCAGCACACUCAUUAAACCUCAUUGGUACAUGCGCUGCAAGUUGUUGUAAAAAUGCUUCUUCAGUAAAAGAGUUAUCUACAACACGUUGGUCUGCACGAGAAGAUGCAUGUAGAAGCUUAAAUAAUAAUUGGGAUAGAGUAAUCAGUGCUCUUAAAGAAAUUAAAAAUAAUGAUCAACAAAAGGCACAAACGCGAUGUGAAGCGAAAGGUAUUUUGAAAAGUUUGGCUGGCUUUGAAAAUAAUUUAAUGUCAAUAUUUUGGGGAGAUCUUCUUGGACGUUUUAAUGCUGUGAGUAAAAAGUUACAGUCAAUUGAUAUUGACUUGUAUUUAGUGGUUGAAUUGUAUGAAUCGCUCAUUCAAUAUAUUUCUAAUCUUCGUAAUGAAAAAAUGUUUAAAAUGUAUGAAGAUCGAGCUUCUAAAUUACAUGGAGGUGAUACAGAAUAUAAAUUAGAUGUACAAAGAAAGAGGAAAAGAAAAAUUUUCUACGAUGAACCACAAGAUGAACUUAAUUUUUAUGACUUAGAUAAAAGCUUUUGUAAUGAAUGUGUACACUUCCAAAGUCAUAUUAAGUCUCUUAAAGAUAAAGCUCCAAAAAAUAUCCGGGACCUAAGUACACUGAUACGAUCCAAAGAUUUACAAACAAUCUAUCCAUAUGUGGACAUUGCACUUAGAAUGUUUCUGUGUACACCAGCAACGAAUUGUUCUUCAGAAAGAUCUUUUUCAACCCUGAGAAGAUUAAAAACAUAUCUUAGAUCGGUCAUGAAUAAUGAUCGUUUAAAUGCUUUAGCUGUACUAAAUAUUGAAAGUGAACUAACUUCUAGCAUCAAUUAUGAUAACAUAAUUAAAGAAUUUGCCGAUUCACAAUCCAGAAAAAAAAUUUAA